AAACGUAUCAAUCGGAAUCACAAACCCAAACAAACCCUUCUUCUUCUUCUACGCUUGAUUUCAUGGCUUCCUCUCAUUCGCAACAUCACCGUGUCUUCGUCGGUAAUAUACCGUACGGUGCAACGGAACAACAGCUUGUUGAAAUUUUCCAGGAGAUCGGUCCUGUAGUUUCUUUCCGAUUAGUUGUUGAUAGAGAAACUGGGAAACCAAAAGGUUAUGGAUUUUGUGAAUAUAGGGAUCAAGAAACUGUUUUAAGUGCUCGCCGGAAUCUUCAUGGAUAUCAAAUUAAUGGACGUCAAUUACGUGUUGAUUUUGCUGAAAAUGACAAAGGGACUGAUAGAAAUAAUAAUCAGAGUUGUGGAGGAUCAGGAAUGACGCCAAUGGUUGGUCCGUUCGGUAUAACUUCUCAGAAACAAUUAGGCAACCCAACUGUGCAAGGAGAAUCAGCUCAAGGAGCUCAAGAUCAACCUAUUGGUCUUCAUAUUGCCAUGGAAGCCGCAGCUCUUAUGACUGCAGCUCUAAAUGGUGCUCAAACUGGCAUCCAGUCAAAUCAAAACUGUUUGCUGAAUCAGUCAGCACUGGCAAAUGAUCCGUUAACCAUGCAUCUGGCCAGAAUGUCCAGGAGUCAGCUGACUGAGAUGAUCUCUGAGCUUAAGGGAAUGGCUACGCACAACAAGGAAUUGUCCCGCCAACUGUUGCUUUCUAGGCCACAAUUGUCUAAGGCUCUUUUCCAGGCUCAGAUAAUGCUAGGAAUGGUCACUCCUGAAAUGUUACAAAUGCCAAAUCUUAGACAAGCUUCAGAUCAAACCUCAAUAUCUUUAAUGAAUGAAGGCCACAUUGGUCUGACGCAGCAAACAUCGGUUCAAAGCAAGUUGCAGUCUUGCUUUACACCUUACAUUCAAGAAGGCCAAGCCAACACUCUACCUCGUAACCCUUUUGCUCCUAAUCAAUCAAUUGCAAAUCCAAGGCCUCCAAAGCAGCCUAGAAUUUCUCUUCAACAUCAUCCAAACAAUCAUUUUGUACAGCUCAGAACAGGGCACAAUAAUUUAACGCUUCCUUCCGAAUGUCCCCCCACAUUAGGCAGAUUGUCUGCAAAUUCAACUUAUAUGAACCAUCAAAUGAAUGCCUCAUUCCUUCAGCAUCCAAUAGGUUUUGGAAGCUCAACUGUCUCACAUAAUCUUCAAAUGGUUCGUCCAGAUGCAAGCUUUCAGAUGCCAUAUUUUCCUCGUGUUAUUUUGUCUUCGGAUGUUGCUUAGAUGUACAGAAUCUGUAUGUAAAAUUAUUGACUCAUGUUUAAUAUCAGUUACUUUCAUGUCAAAAAAUGAUUUGCCAGAUCGAGCUUUCAAUGAUCUAAAUUAUUGCUUAUUGUGAUAGAUAUGUAUGUAGAACAAUGACUUGAGGGUAUGUUCAUCAGCUUUGGUUGUUGUAAAUCCUUGAGUUUAUAUGUUCUGUCAUUAGAAAAAUAUUAGUAAUACAAUCCAAAUGAAGCUUUCACA